AUGCUUGAAAUUCCACCUCCUCCGCCUCCGAAACCGCGUGUCGUCCUGCCGUGGUCCGAGUAUGACCCUGGCUUGCUCAACGGGGAUGGCGUUGCCGUCCGCAAGUGUAGCACUGACUACCUUGCCUCUAUUUACAAGACGUGCUUGGACACGUACCGUCCGAAUGAAGUCAAUCUUUCUCCGGAGGAAGCAGAACGCUUGACUGAAAGUGUUCGCCAUGAGCUGACUAGGCUUACCUCUUAUCCGGAUCUUUUCCCCACGCCAACUGCGCACGAACGCUUUUUCAAGCUCCUACAUGAGAGUGUUGCUAAGGUGGUCAAGAAACGUGAAGACAAAGAUGGCGAGUCUUUCGAGGACAGUAUCCGUCUCCGUGCCAACCUCAUUACUAGAGAGGAGGAAAAGAUCCUCCAAGGUAUCAACCGCCCUACGUACAAGCCGGAUUUGAAGCCUUGGGAGCAGUUCCUUUUGAAAGGCAGCCCUGGCAGUGGCGUUGCACUUCCACAGGACACUCCAAAUGGUUAUAUGCAGAUAAUGCCGAUGGGAGGUUUGGCUCUUCAUCGGACAUUAUUGAAAAACAACUACAUAGCAACUAGACGUUACAGAGAAGAAGUGGCGAAUGGUUUGGAGCCGCCACCAGACGAACAUUUCGCUCAACGAACUCCCGAGGAAACUGCGGCUAUGUUCCAUGCGGCCCUUUACCCAGAUUGUAAAGUCAAACGUCGAGGCACAUGGAUGACGCUGACCCCAAAUCCGUAUUAUGAGCGCCGUGUGGCAAUCCCCAAGCAUAAUCGCGUCAUUGAUCAACUGGAGAGCUUCAAUGAAGUAAUUGCACGUCUUGAAGGGGACGAGGUGGCUAACGACCAUGGGGAGGAAAGUGUGAGGGUCAUGUUGUACCGCACAGUUGUGGAGGAUGCUCCUGAGGUUGCUGAAUAG